UAUACUGUGGAACAUAUGUUACUCAGCUCUCCCUUAGAGAGUCAAAAAGAGUCAAUCCCUACUGAACAAGGGGUGGAGAGAGGACAAUGUUUAUAUUGUACACUCCUUAUCACUUAUGCUGAGGAAUUAUUGUUUCUGUCUUUUUUCUUCACAGCAGAUAACUGGAAGAAGAGCAAUGCAUACACCAAAUGCAGUAAGCAUUUUGGGCACAAUGGGGGUCUUCCUAGACACCAGCAAACCCACAACGAAGACAGAGGUUCAGCUAGAGAAAAGCCCUACACAUGCAAUGUAUAUGGAGAGAAGCCACACCAGUGCCAAGAGUGCGGGAAACGUUUUGCCUAUAGUUCAGCCUUGGUGAGGCAUAAAAGACUCCACACAGGAGAGAAGCCAUACCAAUGCAAGGAGUGUGGGAAACGUUUCGCCUACGGUUCAGCAUUGGUAAGCCACAAGACACUCCACACAGGAGAGAAGCAAUACCAGUGCCAGGAGUGUGGGAAAUGUUUUGCUUACAGUUCAGCUUUGGUGAGGCACAAAAAACUACACACAGGUGAGAAGCCAUACCAAUGCCAGCAGUGUGGGAAAUGUUUUGCUGACAGUUCAACCUUGUUGAGCCACAAAAGACUCCACACAGGAGAGAAGCCAUACCAAUGCCAGGAGUGUGGGAAAUGUUUUGCUGAGAGUUCACACUUGGUGAGGCACAAAAGACUCCACACAGGAGAGAAGCCAUACCAAUGCCAGGAGUGUGGGAAAUGUUUUGCUCAGUGUUCACAAUUGAAGAACCACAAAAGACUCCACACAGGAGAGAAGCCACACCAAUGCCAAGAGUGUGGGAAAUGUUUUGCUCAGUGUUCACACUUGGUGAGCCACAAAAGACGCCACACAGAAGAAAAGCCUCACCAAUGCCAAGAGUGUGGGAAAUGUUUUGCUUCCAGUUCAGCCUUCAUGGGCCACAAAAGACUCCACACAGGAGAGAAGCCACACCAAUGCCAAGAAUGUGGAAAAUGUUUUGCCUACAGUUCAGCCAUGGUGAGCCACAAAACACUCCACACAGGAGUGAAGCAAUACCAAUGCCAGGAGUGUGGGAAAUCUUUUGCGUACAGUUCAGCCUUGGUGAGGCAUCAAAUACUCCACACAGGUGAGAAGCCAUACCAAUGCCAGGAGUGUGGGAAAUGUUUUGCUGACAGUUCAGCCUUGGUGAGGCACAAAAGACUCCACACAGGGGAGAAGCCAUACAAAUGCUAUGAAUGUGGGAAAUGUUUUGCUUCCAGUUCAGGCUUGGUGAGGCACAAUAGACUCCACACAAGAGAGAAGCCACACCAAUGCCUGGAGUGUGGGAAAAGUUUUGCUUCCAGUUCAGCCAUGGUGAGCCACAAAAGAGUACACACAGGAGAGAAGCGAUACCAAUGCCAAGAGUGUGGGAAAUCUUUUGUGUACAGUUCAGCCUUUGUGAGUCACAAAAGACUCCACACAGGUGAGAAGCCAUACCAAUGCCAGGAUUGUGGGAAAUGUUUUGCUGACAGUUCAGCCUUGGUGAGUCACAAAAGACUCCACACAGGAGAGAAGCCGUACAAAUGCCAGGAGUGUUGGAAAUGUUUUGCGUACAGUUCAGCCUUGGUGAGUCACAAAAGACUCCACACAGGUGAGAAGCCAUACCAAUGCCAGGAUUGUGGGAAAUGUUUUGCUUACAGUUCAGCCUUGGUGAGGCACAAAAGAGUCCACACAGGGGAGAAGCCAUACAAAUGCUAUGAAUGUGGGAAAAGUUUUGCUUCCAGUACAGGCUUGGUGAGGCACAAUAGACUCCACACAGGAGAGAAGCCAUACCAAUGCCUGGAGUGUGGGAAAUGUUUUGCUCGCAGUUCACAUUUGGUGAGCCACAAAACACUCCACACAGGAGAGAAGCAAUACCAAUGCCAGCAGUGUGGGAAAUGUUUUGCUUCCAGUUCAGCCUUGGUGAGUCACAAAAGACUCCACACAGGUGAGAAGCCAUACCAAUGUCAGGAGUGUGGGAAAUGUUUUGCUGACAGUUCAGCCUUGGUGAGGCACAAAAGACUCCACACAGGUGAGAAGCCAUACCAAUGCCAGGAGUGUGGGAAAUGUUUUGCUGACAUUUCAGCCUUUGUGAAGCACAAAAGACUCCACACAGGGGAGAAGCCAUACAAAUGCUAUGAAUGUGGGAAAUGUUUUGCUUACAGUUCAGCCUUGGUGAGUCACAAAAGACUCCACACAGGAGAGAAGCCACACCAAUGCCUGGAGUGUGGGAAAAGUUUUGCUUCCAGUUCAGCCAUGGUGAGCCACAAAAGAGUCCACACAGGAGAGAAGCGAUACCAAUGCCAGGAGUGUGGGAAAUGUUUUGGUUACAGUUCAGCCUUGGUGAGGCACAAAAGACUCCACACAGGAGAGAAGCCAUACCAAUGCCAGGAGUGUGGGAAAUGUUUUAAGUGGAGUUCACGCUUGGUGAAACAUGAGAGGUUUCACGCAGGAGAGAAACCACACCAAUGCCAGGAGUGUGGGAAAUGUUUUGCCUACAGUUCACUCUUGGUGAGGCACAAAAUACUCCACACAGGAGAAAGGCAAUACCAAUGCCAGGAUUGUGGGAAGAGUUUUGCUUACAGUUCAGCCUUGGUGAGGCACAAAAGACUCCACACAGGAGAGAAGCCAUACCAAUGCCAGGAGUGUGGGAAAUGUUUUGCUUACAGUUCAGCCUUGGUGAGCCAUAAAAGACUCCACACAGGAGAGAAGCCAUACCAAUGCCAGGAGUGUGGGAAAUGUUUUGCUUACAGUUCAGCCUUUGCUUUGGUGAGCCACAAAAGACUUCACACAGGGGAGAAGCCAUACCAAUGCCAGGAGUGUGGGAAAUGUUUUGCUGACAAAUCAGCCUUGGUGAGGCACAAAAGACUCCACACAGGAGAGAAGCCAUACCAAUGCCAGGAGUGUACGAAAUGUUUUGCUGACAGUGCAGCCUUGGUGAGCCACCAAAGACUCCACACAGGAGAGAAGCCAUACCAAUGCCAGGAGUGUGGGAAAUGUUUUGCUCACAGUUCAGCCUUGGCGAGCCACAAAAGACUCCACACAGGAGAGAUAACAUACCAAUGCCAGGAGUGUGAGGAGUGGUAUUCUUCCAAGUCAUCACUUCUGAGACACCAGAGCACUCACACAGGAGAUAAGUCAUCCCAAUGCCAGGAGUGUGGGAAAUGUUUUGCUGACAAUUCAUCCUUGGUGAGGCACAAAAGACUCCACACAGGAGAGAAGCCAUACCAAUGCCAGCAGUGUGGGAAAUGUUUUGCUGACAGUUCGGCGUUGGUGAGGCACAAAAGACUCCACACGGGAGAGAAGCCAUACCAAUGCCAGCAGUGUGGGAAAUGUUUUGCUGACCCUUCAGUCUUCUUGAGGCACGAAAGACUCCACACAGGGGAGAAGCCGUACCAAUGCCAGGAGUGUGGGAAAUGUUUUGCUUCCAGUACAGCCUUGGGGAGCCACAAAAUAGUCCACACAGGAGAGAAACCAUACCAAUGCCAGGAGUGUGGGAAAUGUUUUGCUCGCAGUUCAGCCUUGGUGACCCACAAGAGACUCCACACAGGAGAGAAACCAUACCAAUGCCAGGAGUGUGAGAAAUGUUUUGCUGACAGUUCAGCCUUAGUGGGCCACAAAAGACUCCACACAGGAGAGAAACCAUACCAAUGCCAGGAGUGUGGGAAAUGUUUUGCUUAUAGUUCACACUUGGUGAGCCACAAAAGACUCCACACAGGAGAGAAACCAUACCAAUGCCAGGAGUGUGGGAAAUGUUUUACUCAGAGUUCAUAUCUUGUGAGUCACCAGAGAAUUCAUUGAGGAGAAAAACCAUCCAAAGAGCUGGGACAAGCAUAAUAAAAUGAAUUGCAACAAGGAAAUUGCAAGUUGGGACAUUCUGUUCCUGUGUGUAGACUAUACAUUCAAUAUUUGCCAAUGAAUACGUGUGGUUCACUUGGUUUCAAUGAGCACUUGGUUUGACUUUGGACUGAUUUCUUAGUCAAUUCCCUUCUUGGUUUCCUACUCUUUUCAGGUUUUUUGCUUUGUUUGGCUUCGGACUAUUUUGGAGAACUCUUUUGCUUCUCUGUUCACGGGCCUCACCAUGGGACUGGACUGACUUUCCUCUGUUUGUGGCUAAACAUCCCAUUUCAAACAGGACCCUUUGAGAAGUCCUGCCUAAGGUUUGGUAGAGUCCACUUUCUUGUCCUUUGAGGUCCUCUUCUGUGGAGGAGCAUAAAGCAAGCUCCCUGUGACAAUAUUUUAAAAAUAAACCAUAUGUAACUCCA